ACUACACUUGUCACAACCACUCACUCACACUGCUCCAUGGUACUGCACUGGCUUGGUACAAUAGACCUGAAGACACUGACAUGAAUAGAGCGAGGAGAGGAGCACACAUCCAACUCAGAGCAACAGUUGGUGGACUGCAUGACUGCUUGAAGAGUGUUGCGUCAUUUGACGUGUUGCAUCGUUUGAAUUUGAAGCCAUGCUGUGUGAGAGCAUACUAUGGAGCAUGACCUACUGUAGUGACCAGGAGAGACUGGACCCUCUCCCCCCUGUGAUAGAGCCCCCCACGAGUAUUGUGAGGCCUGGCUCACAGCAGGUUAAAGCCGCCCCGCUCUUCACACUCCAGGCCUCUCCAGACCAGCCAAGCAGAAAGGGCCACUCCAUCCUGCCUAGAGUGGCCCAAGACCAGAGGCCCUCCCGGGUGAAUGCCCAAAUCCAUCCCCAGGGUUCCUCUCUACAGCAGGCCUUGCAUUCCCAGAGGCCCCAUCCUGGCAGACACAUUUCCCCAGAGAUGGAGAUCCCUGGGCAGGCUCGUUCUGGUGGCGACGUCCCUUUCCUGGUGCCCUCUUCCUGCCAGAGCAUCUGUCAGAACUACAGCGACCUCCACAUCGGGGGGGACCAGGUGCUGCCUCUUUCAGAUCACGAUGGGGAGCUCCUGCCCUGCAGCGAUACCCAGGCCGACGGCCCCUUCCUCUAUUCCUGUGACGUCCUCCCAGCCGCAGAUGACUCUCCCCCAGAUCGGGCCUCUGAAGACAGGCCACUGCGUCCUCUCCAGGGGGGCUCAGGCUUGGGAUCCUCCCGCUGGAGGGCGGGGAGCGGCCGCGACCAGAGCUUCCUCCUCCAGGGGUGUGAGGGGCCCCUCUCCAACUCACUGCUCAACCGCUACCUGGAGCACAAGCUACUGGACCUGUACCAGCAGUACAUGCUGGAGAGCAUGGCCCGGGAAGGGGGUUGUAAUGAGGGUUUCCCCAGCCACCUGCUGGCUUCAGAGUUGCUUCUUACCAGCCUGGAUCAGAUCACGUUGCAGCUGAGCCGUGAGGGCCACCUAGAAGCAGGCCGGGCCAAAGACAUGGUGCUCAGCUGCCUGCUGAGGGUGGCCAGCGGCCUGCAGUCCAGUGAGAUUAGUACUCCCCUGCUCCAGAUCUCAACUGACCUGCAGCUCCCCACUGCUACUGCUGCUGCUGCUACUGCUGCUGCUGCUACUGCUGCUGCUACUGUUACUACUGCUGUUACUGCUGCUACUACUACUGUUGCUGUUACUGCUGCUACUGUUACUACUGCUACUGUUGCUGCUGCUUCUACUUCUACUAUUACUGCUGCUGGUGCUGGGGGCCUAGGAGUACCUCAGGGACCGCUCAACUUCACCACUGACCCCCCAGUUAAAGACAUCCUUUGACCCCUGACCCCUGAAACAACUGCACUCAGAAACCGUCUUGUUACUGAGGUCCAACCAACUUGACUCAGCUCUCCUCCAGUACUAGACAGUUUCACUGUCCCCCUAGUUUAAAAAAACAGCCUCUGAACAGGGAAGGACCAGGAGGGAGUGUGUGCAGCAGCUAUGUUUUUAACCCUAAUGGAAAAUGUAAAUUGUUGCUACCUUACCUACUUUGGUAUUACCUUCACUCAGACUCUGUCUAUCCUCUCAGUUCCCCCUACACACCGUUCUCUUAUGAUGAAACGAAACAGCUGUCAAAUAGCUGCAGUGAUAUUAUAUCGAUAUUGAGGUGGAAACGCAGUGGUGGAGAGUGAAGACGUCUGUACUGUUGUCAUGUUUUCAUGAAGAGAACAUGACCUUCUAUCUAAUGUUUUUAUCUGUUUUUUUUGUCUGUGAAAAAUCAAUAAAUAUGUUGAUCACACAAAUGUCAGUUACUCUGAUACGGAUCCCACUACAGUGGAUCGUGCCCAAUACAUUAUCAUAACAGUAGCGUACACUAAAUGUAGUCCUGUGGUGAUAUAACAUUUGAGUGGUCAAAGCGUUGGCGCAAACACUCAAAUUGCUUCAUUGAAUGUCCAGGUAGAUCUCACAACCAUCUAGAUAAGUUUGAGGUAGUUUUAUGCGCCAUAGACAGUAGCUGAGUUGUGAAGUGUGCUCUGUCUUUUGUAAUUUUUCAAGCAACCACAAGAGGGGAGCCGAGAGUUGUAUCUCUGCAGAACACCGCAGGAAGGCAGGCACAAUCUCCUUCUGCCACAUUUUUAUUUCUUUGUCUCAUGUUUCCUCUCUCUCUCUCUCUCUCUCUCUCUCUCUCUCUCUCUCUCUCUCUCUGUCCUGUCCUAACCCUCUCCUUGAACCCAUCCAGCUAAUGGGUUGUUAUUUUCCACUCCCUGUUGUCUACUGCCAAUGAUGUUAUCACAACUAAGUCUUAAAUCUAUUGUACAGGCCACACAAAACUUUCCUGUGUGAGUGUGCAUGCGUGUGUAUAUGUGUUUAACUUUACAUAUAUGUGUGUGUGUGUGUGUGUGUGUGUGUGUGUGUGUGUGUGUGUGUGUGUGUGUGUGUGUGUGUGUGUGUGUGUGUAUCUGUACAGUACCAGUCAAACGUUUGGACACACCUACUCAUUCAAGGGUUUUCCUUAUUUUUAUAAGAAUUUGUUCUUAACUGACUUGCCUAGUUAAAUAAAGGUAAAAUAAAAAAUAAAAAGCCCUUACACAGCCUG